AACGAUAUUCACGAUAAGAUGUGAUUGGAUUAUUGUUGCAAGUAAACCUUAUAUAUAUCCAUGAUCCAUCAAUUCUAUCUCUAUAAAUAAAUAAAUAUCUCAAAAAAAUCAAAGAGUAACCAACCAACCCUAGUAUAGUGUUGUAAGUUGUAACGCACGUUCUUUGAAUUCACCUCUCUCAUUCUCUGUAUCUUUCUCUCUCUCUCUAAAUAUCUCACUAACAUAUACCUGUCUUUCUCUCUCUUCUUUUUGUUAAUUUGUUUCCGCGUGCCGAUUUCACACCCCACCGCCAACCCUUUCUUUCUCUCCCAAUUUUCCCUUUUUCUUUCCCUCUCCCCAUUCCCUUUUUUCCAUCCUCAGAUCCCUUUUCACUAUUUUAGGGAUCUAGGGUUUCCUUUCAAUUUCAAUUUUUUCAAUCUCAAUUCCCCUUUUCACUCAUCACGCUUCGUUCAAUUUUUAGGGUUUCGUUUCUUCGUUCAAUGUGAUUUCUUUUCGAUUCAUCACUUGUUUUCUUGUUUCGUUGAUUAGAACAAAAACAUCGAAAGAUUCUAUUUUGGUUUUUUUUUGAAUAAAUCUUUGUUGUUUUUUUCUUUGGCGUGUUGAGAUCGAUCAUGGGGAGUUCUGAAGGGUUUGGAGCAUCGUCAAAGCCUGCGAAUUCUUCUUCGCAGGUGCCUCCUUCGAAACAAUAUGGUGUUACCAAGCCUAUUUCAAUGGCUGGACCAACCGUUGCUGAUUUGAAAAGGACUCAAAAGUUGGAGAAGUUUCUCGCUGAUUCCGGGCUAUAUGAGAGCAAGGAGGAGGCUUCCAAGAGAGAAGACGUGCUUCAUCGACUUGGAGAGAUAGUAAAAAGUUGGGUAAAGCAGCUUACUCGUCUGAAAGGGUAUACUGAUCGAAUGGUGGAAGAUGCAAAUGCUGUCAUAGUCACUUUUGGUUCUUAUCGUCUUGGCGUUCAUGGUCCUGGUGCUGACCUAGAUACAUUGUGUAUUGGCCCAUCCUAUGUUAACCGGGAGGAGGAUUUUUUCUACACAUUGCAUGGUAUCCUAGCUUGCGUAGACGAAGUUACUGAACUGCAACCAAUUCCAGAUGCUCAUGUCCCAGUUAUGAAGUUCAAGUUUGACGGAAUAUCAAUCGACCUUCUUUAUGCAAGUAUUUCUUGUUUGGUUGUACCUGAAGAAUUGGAUAUAUCUGAUGUCUCUGUUCUACACAAUGUUGAUGAGCCUACUGUUCGAAGUUUGAAUGGUUGUAGGGUUGCUGAUCAAAUUCUAAAGCUUGUUCCAAAUGUUGAGUACUUUCGAACAACACUCCGGUGCUUAAAGUUUUGGGCCAAAAGACGCGGUGUUUAUUCCAACGUGACAGGUUUUCUCGGUGGUGUUAACUGUGCACUUCUUGUAGCUCGGGUAUGCCAGUUGUAUCCAAAUGCAGUUCCAAGCAUGCUUGUCUCUCGAUUCUUUAGGGUAUAUACACAGUGGCGGUGGCCAAAUCCAGUCAUGUUAUGCUCGAUAGAGGAGAACGAGCUUGGGUUUCCUGUGUGGCAUCCUCAAAAAAAUCCUCGUGAUCGAUCGCAUCUUAUGCCAAUUAUAACUCCUGCCUAUCCGUGCAUGAAUUCAACUUAUAAUGUUUCAACAAGCACACUUCGUGUUAUGAUGGAGCAGUUCCAAUAUGGAAACAAAAUCUGUGAGGAUAUAGAACUGAAUAAAGUCGGCUGGAGUGCUCUGUUUGAACCAUACAUUUUCUUUGAAGGCUACAAAAACUUUUUGCAAAUUGACAUAGUUGCUGCUGAUGUUGAUGACUUACGUGCUUGGAAAGGUUGGGUGGAAUCACGCCUUCGGACACUGACUUUAAUGAUUGAGCGUGAUACUUUCGGGAAGUUGCAGUGCCAUCCCGAUCCUCAGGAGUAUAUUGAUAAUUCAAGGAACUGUGCACAUAGUGCUUUCUUCAUGGGCUUGCAGAGGAAACAGGGGGAGGUUGUUCAAGAAGGCCAGCAGUUUGAUAUACGUGGGACUGUCGAAGCAUUUCGGCAUUGUGUUAACAUGUACAGUUUCUGGAAACCUGGAAUGGACAUGCAUGUUUCACACAUUCGUAGAAGGCAAAUCCCAAGCUAUGCGUUUCCUGAUGGUUAUAAACGAUGUCGACCAUCAAGGUCAACAGCACAACUGGAGAAUAGUUCAAAAUCAGUUCAUGAAAAUGAGGUUUCUGGGUCUGAACUUCGUGAGAGGAACUUAAAGAGGAAGCAUGAUGAAAGUGUGAGGCUGGAUGUUUUACCAAAAAGGCGUUCUACCAGUCCUCCCGUGAAGAGCUUGACAGGAGGCGUCUCGUGCCUUGGUGCUGGUGACAUGUCUGUUGAUGCUGUAUCCGAUUGUCAAGAGUUAAAAAAUGUUGGGAGGUUGAGUUCGUCUAGUAGUGAGCAAGACGAAUUGGAUAGAAGAAUGUCUCCAGAAGCUGGGACUGAAUGGGCAUCAAAUUCGAGUGUGGUUACAUCUGUUUCAAGUGAAGGUGGCUCUCCUGAAGGUGGCUCUCCUGAAGGUGUUGGAUCUGUAUCAGUGGCAGGUUAUGUUGAGGAUAGCACCAUGGAUGUUGUUGAGGUGAUGACCAACGGUAGAUUCAAGGAUAACACCUACAGGGCUAGUGGAAAUAAUGAAGUAUUGCAAGACGCACUACAUACACAGUUGGAGCCAAUUGCAAUGUCGGCGAUGUUUCUUGACUCUAACGGAAGCUUUGACUCAGACGCCGUGCAAAAGACAGUGAUAAGGAGACUGAGUCUAACAUCGACAGCGUGAGAGAAAUCCAGCAGUUCAAUUUUUUCUAAUCCAUUUGGACGGUAAUCAGAGAAGGCCAGCAAUUUGGUAAGUAAUAAUUUAAACGCUGGCUUCCAUUUUGCUAAUGUUUUUCAGGCUUGCUUGGUCAUCCAUCCAAGCUUGCAACAAGUUGAGACUGAUUGGCAUAAAUCCGAAGAGCUGGGGCAUGACCUUCACUGGUCUUUUGUACAGUUGGUGAUUGUUUUUUGUUGUGGUGUCAAUUCUAAGCUGACUUCAUUAGGGAUAUGUUAGGAUUCUUGCUGAACUUAGUGGGCAUACAUUAAAAGGCUCUUUGAUGUACUUUGCCAUUCUUUUUCUUUCUUUUGCAUUUUAGAUAUUUUGAUAGGGAGAAGUGGGAGGGGAUAUGAUGUGUUUUCUUUUCUAGCAAGAUCUUAUGUUCAUUGUUGUAUUUUCCGAGAUUACAUUUCAAUUUAACCUAUGAUCUAAACCCAA